AUGAUGAACCGCGCCACCGGAAGGAAGUUGAAAAAAAAAAAAAAAAAAAAAAAGCAGAAAAUUCAAAAGAGAAAAAAAAACGGAAUAGAACAAGCCAAACUGGCAUACCUCAGUUUCCUAUGCGAAGAGGAUGACAUAAAUUUCUUCUGCAAUUUUGAGAACGAAUGGGAAGAGAAGAACUUGCACAGAGCUACCAACGAAGGAUCCACCCCUUGUUACAACAACUUCAGUGUGCCCCCUUCUAAGUGUGACGCUUUGGAACAAUCCUACCUGUAUACGUUGCUCCAAAAUGAGGACUUCACAUGUGACAAACGGUCCUGCUCAUCCGUGGGGUUCAUUUUCGAUAAAUUGUUUUUGCACUUUGCCAAUUUUGACGAGCAGCUGCGUAGGGAUAUCCAUUUGGGGAAGUCCUUCCGAAGGGGGAACAAAAGGAGGAAUAGAGCGGUGAAGGAAAAGCCACCAAAUGGGGGGACCCAAAUGGGUGCCUCCAAAAUGUGUGCAAAUAAAAAUGGUGUCUUCCCAGGUAGCCCAUAUACCAGCGAAUCAAAUUUAACAGAUAAGAGGGUCACAUAUGAAGAGGGUAAUGAUGCCAUAUUCCACCAUUUGGCAUACAGCCAGCUGCAGGACAGCCUUCUUCAGUUUUACCUUCCCCCGGGGGGAUAUGCCUUUACAACCCCCCUACGUAAAGACAGAACGAACGGAUCGAAGGAGGGUCAUCACCCCCAACGUCGUGACAUUGGUGCUGAAUGCGCCAAGCCAAAUGGAAAUCUCUUCCCGAGGGAAAAACUACCUACGCGCAAGGUGGAAAAAAAAAAAAUAAAACAGAUAGAACAAACAGAACGUAUACUGUCUACUGCGAAACGACGAGGUAGACACCACGUGGGUGAAAUCACAAAAAGGGUGAGAACCAACCGGGCGGGCGCCACACACCCAUUCUCAAAUCCUAGGCCGUUCUUCCCGUUGUACAAUUACUCCUCCAGCGAAGACAGCCAUAUGUCCUUUUCGACAUUUUUACCUGAACCGUUCAGAAAAAAAAAAAUAAAUAAAAAAAAAAACAAAUCCCCCGGGGCAACCUCCCCAGACGGGAAGAAGCCACACAAGAGGGAGAUACAAAACGACGCUUCUGCCAUUUUUGAUGAAAUCAUACAACUGUGCAGGAGGAACAAAAUAUUCUCUUUUAAGAAGAAAAAAAGGAAGUGCGAAAAGAGGUGUAGCGGGGCCCACUUAAAGGGGGAGCCAGCCGUUUCUCCAGGAGAAUUAUCUGACGAUGUUGCCAAAAUGGAUUACUCAUUAGUCCCUUCCAAUCGGGUGUUUGGUCCCCCCACUGGUAGGAACCUUUCUGCCUGUCCCACAAUAAGUGGCUGCCACGAACGCUUUAGGAAUCCUCAUUUAAGGGCAAGCAUCCUUCGAAAGGGGGCUACACCUCAUGCUCUCCGUUUAAUGAAGAAGAGAAGUUUCAGCGAAAGUUCUCCUAUUGUGGAGAGGCUCUCGGAACAGCACUCUAAUUCGAAGGCAAUCAAAGUAAGCAGGGUAGGUGCUACGACGGCUGAUCGUCCUCCCCAUGGUAGACACCAUAGAAGUUAUGCCUCCUCCGUUGUUGCGUCAAACUGUGAUGAAAGCAGAGAAAACUGGACUCGCUUUCCAAACAUGAUGAACGCAAAAAGAGGGAAAGAAAAAAAAAUGAUGAAAAUGCAAAUCUUGGAAGGGUUAAACCAAAGGAGUUACGACCCUGGGCACCUUGAACGGAUGGUCAGUAGCAAAUGCUUCCCCGUAGACAGAGAAGGGUUACGAAAUACACUGAACAAAAAUGUAGAGGUUAAACUAGUUGGACGGGAUCAGCACCCUAAGAAGAAGAAAAAAGAACCCAUUAGUACAUUCAGCUGGAGCAAAAAAUGGGCAUCUGCAAGGAGACUACAUUUUUGCUCACUCUACGUGGAGGAGAAUUACGAAACGAUCGCUCAGUUGUACAGACGGGAAUAUCCCCUAAACGACUUUUACUUAACCUACCUUUAUGUGAUGUCGUUAAUUAAAUUGAAAAGGUAUUCCCUCUGUUGGGAGUACCUCUUAACUGUUAAUCGUCUUCUGGUGGUACAUCCAGCAACUGCCGCAGUUGGCGCUGGUGUGGUUCACUUCCUCUGGGGAAAGCUCUACGAGAAGCUACUACUGUGCAGGCUGAGCACGGAGGAGUACUCCAAGGUGGUGCUUAACCACGUGGGGAUGUCUUCCAUGCAGCCAUUCAUUCUUGUCUGUCUGGACAAACUGAUAGGGACAGGUCAAAUGAAAAGGAGAGAGGAAAUCACGACACUCAAGUUUGUGCAGAUGAAUUGCAACCUGGGGAGAGUCCUUAACUUUUAUUUUUGCAAAGUGGGUUCCGAUGGGGGGUUCACACACAACCCGAAUGACUACACAAACAUGCAAAACGAAGUGAGGUUGGGUUGUCCACCACAUAGAAAUAGGCAUAAUAGCUGUGUGGGCCCGGUCAGGCUGCUUCGCCCGCCUCCCUUUUGCAGAGGGGAAAUUCUCCAGGAGGGUUUCCAUGAUUUUCCCUCCAGUGACCACAUCACCAAUGCAGCUAACCACAACUACGUCCAGUUCUCCAACGGCUGGAAGGCGACCCCCCCAUGGCCAAGUGAGCACAAAACGCCGAUGCGAAAUUCAGCUGUGGGGAAGAGGAAAGACAGGGGGUACCCCCAGCAGGCGCCUCCCUGGCAAGACCACCGUCAACCUGGGGGCGUCCCCCUCAGUAUCUCCCCCCAGCAGAUGCACGUGCAAGGGAACAUAAAUAUGAGGAGUUCCUACCAAGGGGAAGAAGCAAACCAGAAAGUAACUUCUCACCAUGGGGUCAUUUUCCCCCCAAGGGGACUGCUCCAAAUGGGUAGAUACAUAAACAGGAAGGUGAACCUAAAUGUUGGUAACCUCCUCAGGGGGGAUACCAGAGACAGUGAUGAGGUGCUCGGAGGGAGAGAAGUGAACACCUUAGGAAGAUACAGUCUACAGAGUGAGACCUUUAUUGGUGGAUACAAAGAAGAUGAAAUGGCAGAGAAGCAAUUCCUGGUCCAUUGUGACCUGCUCCUUCGAAGUGGACACGUCGUGCCUGAACCCAGGGUGGUACUUCCCCACUACGAUGAUUUUUUCGUUUGUCUCUUUCGCGUGUAUUUUAGCUCUUCCUCCAAGUGGGUAAUAAAAAAGGCUAUCCUUUGGGGAAAAAACACACCAUCAGGUAAGGACGCAUUGAAGACGGCACGGAGGUUAGCAAUGAGACUGAAGCUUAUCGAUGUGUCUCCUCUGGAUGGAUUUUCACGAAAAGAGGACAGACCAAUCUGUUACGAAGAAAGCCUUCCUGCAGUUGGAAAGCAGUCUACCUUUACGUUUACGUCUACGUAUCGUGCGGACCAUCCGUUAUUGUCUGUAAAGUCUGUUCGAAUUGAAAAAGUAACCCUACCAGAUCUUCUACACAGCAUCUGGUUCUGUCACAAACAUUUCGACUUUGUGAAUGCAUACUGUUUAAGUGAGUACACCUUGGGGCGGGAAAAUGCGUUGGAAGAAGAGGACGUCAUUCUCCUGUUCGUCGCGUCGGUCACAAGUAUGCACAACGUUGUAUCUACGAAUCAGCAGAAAAUUGAGCGGCUUCUCCAACUGUACAACACGCGGGUGCAUCACACAGCGAGCAAAGCUAGACAGUACAGCCAAAGUGGGAAACAGAAUUAUGGGUACAGGAAGGACCACCUUGACUACUACCUACAUGGUGUUGUUGCGCUUCUGAGGGAAGACUACGAUCAGGCACUUUUUUAUUUUAAAAAGUGUGUAAGUGUAAAGGCGAAAUUCUUCCUGGCGUAUGUGUGCAUCCUCCACAUACUUUGCUCAUCACCGAAGAGGAGUGCCCUCAACUCCAAACAAAAGAAAAAGAUUUUUCACCACUGUCUGCAGUUAAAACCGUUUAGCUUGUCCCCCUACUUAGUGUACUGCUCCAGUGUACUCAGGAAACUCCAGUUAGACUUAAAUCACGAAAGAGAAAAACGCGGGGGGGAGAAAAAGAGGAAGCAAAAAUUGCUCAUCGAGUCAACAAAUUUUUUGAGGGGCAUAUUUUCCAAAGCAAUGCACCUCGAUAAUAAAAACCCAUUUUUGUACAACGAGUUAUUUGUUUAUCAUUUUUUAAGAAAAGAUUUUAUCCAAUGCAAAGUGGCACUACGCAAAAUGUUACUCAUACAAGACUUUUCCAAUUCCUGUUGUAGUUAUUUCCCUCUUUCCGUUGUCCUCUACAAUUCCAGCGUUUUUUAUUUUUUGUGUGAAAACAACCUGAACAAGUCAGAAAAAAAAAUUAUUGCAAUUCUACACAAUAACCCCUUUGAUGUAAAAGCUUUGCACCUUUUAACUUUCCUUUUGUUUUUAAAGAGGGAUCAGUACUGGACGCGCUUCUUCGAUUAUUCUAUCUACGUGGAGAAGAGUCUCCUUUCGAGAAACGUAACGAAUCAACAGACAUACUUGUGUCAGACUUUUUUCAACCGCCUUCGGGAGACACGGGACUUGGCGCUGCUCUCCCGGUACUACGGGGCACUAAACGGCGUCCACACGUCCUUUUCAUUUGUGCUCAAUUACAUCCACGCGCGUUACUCGGCGUAG